GGCUGCCCCGCGAGGCUGGUUUACAGCUCGCAGGUUACGGCGCUGGCAGAGGACACGCGUGAGGCCCGGGGUGGGCAGCGGCUGCCCGGCCUCCCAGGAGCCGCCCCGGGGCGGGCAGCCCGGGCCCGCCCCGCCGCCAGGUGCGGUGCCGCCGUCCGCGGGCCUAGGAAGUGCCGACACGGCCUGGGCCGGGCGGGGAGGCUCCUGCGGGCCCGGUAGAUCCCUCAGUUGCCGAGUGCGGAGCCGGUGGUGCUGCCGUCGCCAUGAGCAAGAUUUCUAAGUUCUUCAAGGGGGGCGGCUCGUCCGCCUCCAAGAGCCGCGGGCGGCCCUCGCCGCAGGAGGCUCUGGCCCGGCUGCGGGAGACGGAGGAGAUGCUCAGCAAGAAGCAGGAGUACCUGGAGACGAGGAUCGAGCGGGAGCUGGCGGCAGCCCGGCAGUACGGCACCAAGAACAAGCGAGCUGCCUUACAAGCACUGAAGAGAAAAAAGAGAUAUGAGAAACAGUUGAGUCAAAUUGAUGGGACGCUUUCAACCAUUGAGUUCCAGAGAGAGGCACUGGAAAAUUCCCACACCAACACAGAAGUACUCAAGAAUAUGGGUUAUGCUGCACAAGCUAUGAAAAAAGUGCAUGAAAAUAUGGACUUGAACAAAAUUGAUGAUUUGAUGCAAGAUAUCACUGAACAGCAAGAUGUUGCCCAGGAAAUUUCAGAUGCCAUCUCAAACCGAGCUGGCUUUGCUGAUGAAUUUGAUGAGGAUGAGUUGAUGGCAGAAUUGGAAGAACUGGAGCAAGAAGAAUUGAACAAGGGAAUGAGAGAUGUCAGGUUGCCAAGUGUUCCGUCCACAUCGCUGCCUUCUCGCCCUGCAUCGACCAGGAAGAGAGUGGAGGAUGAAGAUGAAAUGAAGCAGCUAGCUGCCUGGGCUUCAUAAGAGCAUGGUCUUUUUAUAGCACUGGACAUUAUAAUGUAGAUGUAAAGAGCUGUUUUAUAACUGUACCAAUUUAGUGUGGUUGCAUUUCACACAGACAUGAGAUUUUUUUAUGGCAGAUCUUGCUAAGAAUAAAUAGGUUUACUGCCCUAUUACAAAACCAGUUUUAAAACAAAUUAAAAAUGCAAUAGUUGCUCAAACCUCCAAGAAUCAAAGCUUUUUCCAGGCUUGGCCACAUAUUUGUUUUGUUAUUAAUACCGUUUUUUAUUAGGUAAUGUUUUACUUUAUGUGGCUGGUUUUUAAAACCUGUGCGCCUCACUUAUGCAAACAGCUGGAUUAAUUGUUGAAAUGAAAAAGUUAAACUAUCAAGUCUGUAUUCUAGAAGGAUAUUUGGUUCAGACUGUUUGAAUAUUAGGAAAACAGCUUUAGACGUGUCCUGACUUGCAAGUUGCUUGGAGCCCAAGAGCUAAUAGCCAUUCAUUUGGGCCUGGCGAUUUAAACAGUCUGCCUGGAGCAACUUGCAGUGUCCUAGAUACCAAGAGGAGACUCUUCGAUACAUUUUUUGAAGUGGGUAAGUUUUUCUGUUUUAACUUUGGCCGGAAUAUCCCUUGCACUUCUGUAGGUCAGCUUAAAUAAUAUUUUGAACUAUUUCCAACUCAGUUAAAGAACAGUUUUACGGUGACUGGGGAAAAUUAAAUGUCCAAGUUUUUAUAGAUCCCUGCCAAACAAAACUGUUUUCUGUUAACCCUGUCAAAAAUCUGGAAGAGAUUUGACCUUCCUAUGUUCUUCUCCACUGUCUUUCUAGGGUGAGUAUUUACUUUGUAUGAUUAUACCCAUCCUUAAAGAAAUUGGUAAUACAUUUUCUUAAAUUAUUCCAUUUCAAAAUAAUUUUAGUUUCUGAGCAUUAGUUCUUUAUGCUUACUUAGUAUCUGAACAGGAAAAGUAUCAGCAUGUUGUAUUUGAAAUUAUUUUAACCCUGGUUAAAGGCUGAUUCUGAUUUAGUUAUAAAAUUGAUGUGUUAUUGUCUAACUGACAGGUUUUUGGCUUAAGGAACAAAUGCCACUCUGGGUGCUAAACUACUACAUAUAUAGAGAAAUCACUGUUCAAAUAUAAACCAAAAAUUAAAUAGAUUGCUUUGUUCUAACACACUUUUUAUUAAAUAAAGACUUAAGCUCUAUGCUUGUAGGCUGCUGUCAAGCACAAGGAAAUAGUAUAACAGUGUAGAGUUUCUAGGGUUGUGGGAAGCAGAAUUGCGUUGAUCUAGGUUUCUUGUUUUCAAAUUAAUUUAAAUUUCCUGAUGAUUGAAGCACUUGGUGAACAGCGGGAGACUUGGUUUCUGUGCAUCUACAACAGAAGACUGACCCCUUUUCCUGUGGGCUUUAGCCUGUGAUUUGCUGGGUGUUUAGGCUACAGGCGGCUUCAGCUUACUGGAUUUUAGGUUAAGCAUAAGCUAAUGUGUGGUUCUGGACAUGGCAUGCACAGAGUGUCAUGGAUGAAUCUCAAAAUUCACAAACCCUGUGGACAUAGUCAAUUUUUAAGGACUUUUUCAUUCUCAGAAGUGGAAUUGGUUUUGGUUUGCAUCCAUAUGAAAGGAGAGUCUUGCCACUUUGUGUAGAUUUUCUCCUGGAAAACUUAAGUGUGUUAGUUCUGUCCCAGAGCUUGAAGGUAUCAGGAAAGUUGUCCCUUUCUCUUGAGAGUAAAGAAAACCUGAAAUGAGUCAAGUUUUCUUUAAGAAACUUUUUUUUUAAACAAAAAUUCAACAUCUGCCUUAAAUUUAAAAAUACAUUUUGUACUCUCAGUGGGAAACCAAACACUAACAAAAUGUUCCUUGGUUUUAGUCCUUGCUGAAAUUCAGGAUGAGAUGCCAGCUGUGAAAGCUUAUUUAAUAAAAUAACAAAUAUUUGGAGUAAUGUAGGAUCCAUUUGCUAAUCGUUUAGGCUGGAGUGCUGUUUUCAAAGUAUGCAGUUUAUGCAAUUCUCUGAAUUGGGUACAGAAGGUGUUAAGUGUAUACUGAUUGCAUCACUGUGUGAGGCUGGCUGUGUGCUUGUGGGCACUUCUGCUAUUUCUAAAUGUGAGGCAAUGCCAACAUAGUCCCCUGCUUAGCUUGGAAAAGCUGGCUGCUAGCAUUUGUUCUUGGUUGAAGUUUUCCAAUACUUGGCACAUAGCACUUAUUUAAAGUGCUCUACAACCUCACCAAAAUAGGUCUCUAAGCUUCCAGUUUGAAAAUAAAUUGAUUUUUAGUCUGCUUUGGAAAAUGUGGACCGUCUGGCUUUGUGCAAAAACUUUCCAUGCCUGCAGGGGAAAAGAAACCCUACGGAAGGUCUUUUUCUUUGCAAGCUAGCAUCUGACUGCUGACCUCCAGCAGUGUUUUGUCCAAGUGUUGAUUCUGGGAAACCUCAAGUGUCUUCAGGUUAUUGAUUUCACACCAGGCACUUUAGGAACCAAAUUUGUGAAGGGUGAAGAAAAGAAACUGGUUAUUUGGGUAAGCUUCUCUAAAAGCUUGUGUGUAGUAGCUGGUAAUUCUGGAGGACAGUCACAAACCAGUUCACAAGCUAGGAUGAGUGGUUGGUGAAGCUGUACUCUGAGAGACCAUAGUCAUGUAUACAAUCCAAAAUACAGUCUGCACCUCCCAAACUGGAGUGCUUGUUGCUGUAUUUGUUUGCAAGAUAGUAGACCACUGGUUUUCUGCAAAAGCACAGGAUUUCUAGGAAUUCAAUUCAGCUGAGGAGGUGGCUCUUCUGGGUGUGAAUUCACAUGACAUUGGGACAGAUGGCUUUUUUGAACAUAAGUCUCUCUGUGCCAAGAUAGUAUUUGUUUAGUAUGUAAGCAGACAAGAGUCAAUAGUAUCAACAUGUCAUUGUAAAUGUACUCUCUAUUAACUGGACCAUAUUUUAGAAGAUGACUGUGGCAGCAGGUGGUGUACUAUAGCCAACUUCCUUUCUUGUUUCCUAUUUAUUUCGAGUGUUUUCUUCUCUUAACAGGCCUGGACAUGUUUAAUCUGGAUAGCUUUAAACAGGGAAAAAAAUAUUAAUAAAAUUUGAAAAGAGUUAAUAUAUAUAUACUGUAAAUAAAUAUUUUGGUGUCUCA